CAGGCACCUGCUUGGAGGAACUUGUGUGCUGGUUGUUUUUAGUUAAUGUCGUUUUUUCCAUCUUGUAUGCACCCUGAAUAUACAUCAUGUCUCAUUAUAGAUCCUCAUUUGCGACCUCUCGCAUAAAAAAAACAUUCGGCCGCAGAAGAAUCGAUAAUGGACAAAUGAGCCCUGCCGACAUGUAUAUGAGCAAUCACUCCAGAAGUCCAGAAAGAAUUACAGACAGGAGUGUGAGGGAGCGUGCGUUAAAGCAGGUCGGACUCACCAGCACCACCUUCAUCGGUCCAGCGUUUCCUCCUCCAAAACCCAAAAAGGUGAAGUCUGCCAUUGAAGAUUCACUGAGUGAGUUUUACAAAGAGCUUGAGAAGAUUGAUGCACCCGAUGGUGCUCAACCACCCAUACCGAUCAAGACAUCUACAAGCAGGCAGACUCGGAAUGUAAGCGAGGAAAAGGGUUUUUACACGAGCGGUUGUGCAGGAAACGAGGGCUACCAGAGAAGCAGUGGGCAGAAGCAGCCGUCCUGGUCACACUGGUAUCCAAAUGAGCCGUACUACCACAGAAGACAGGGGCCAGAUGGCCCUGCUCAAAACCAAUGGCAUGAUCCUCAAACAUCGAACAGACCACCAAACCUAAGAUUUCACAGACCCCCAUUACAUGGCCCACCACCCCCAACUGCAUUCCCAAAUCCGCAAAACCCACCAUCAGCCACAAAUCCAAACUGGAGCGAUUCGGCCCAGACAAACCAAUAUCAAGAGGCGUCGCAUUUUCCAAAGUGUUCAAGCUUUCCACCUCAGAAUGUGAGCGGUCACCCCUCUCAGGGCUUCUAUGGAGAUUCUCCAUACCACUUUGACAGGGACGAACGUGUUUGUGGCUUUGACGCGCACUCGGAUAAUGUCAAUGUCGGAUGGCCCAGAGUGAGAGAAGAAGAGUCGUGUCACUUUGUUGAAGAUUAUGACAGAUCCAAGAGAUACGACUCCGAAAAUGAACCGUGGGACCAUGACUACCGACCUCCUGCCAACACUAAUGCAUUCCAGACCUCCCUGGAUUUGAUCUUGAUGAGGGGAUUACCAGGAUCUGGGAAAUCGACGCUGGCCAGGGAGCGGCUCUCCGCUCAUCCCAACGGGCUGAUACUGGGCACAGACGACUACUUUGCCAACAGAGAUGGGUACCGCUAUGAACCAGACCAUCUUGGUGCAGCACAUGAGUGGAACUUGAACAGAGCUCAAGACGCUAUGCAAGAUGGCCGAUCUCCCAUUAUUAUUGAUAAUACAAAUGUCCAAGCUUGGGAAAUGAAGCCAUAUGUCAAAAUGGGCUUGGAGAAAGGAUACAAAGUGGACUUUUGUGAACCUGACACCAGCUGGAAGUGUGAUCCCCAUGAGCUGGAGAGGAGGAACAAGCACAGUGUUCCACAGGAGAAGAUCGCACAGAUGAUGGCCCGCUUCUCAUUUCCAAUAUCUGUAGACAUUGUCAUGAGAUCACAGGAGCCCGCUCACGUGAGCGAGAGACCUGAACCAGAGCAGCCAGUGCCACAGGUGAUGAGGGAGAACCCAAAGGAGUAGUUUCUCACAGGAAUGUUACCAGCUAAAUAAUUGGAUUGGAAGAACACAACCUUUUCUAAUUGUUAGCUACCGUUUCUACCAGAUUUUUUUAAUCAAUAUUUUUUGAAUACUCUAAAUGUAUGUAAUGUAAGAAAUACAUUUUUUCUGGAACGGUUUUCAUAAUUAAAUGUUCAUUCGUAACACCUUUG